AUGCCACCAUCCGAAGACAUACUCUUGUAUCACUAUCACGCUUCGCCAUACGCCAAACGCAUCGUCUGGUAUCUCAACCUCCGCAGAAUACCCUACACGCAAUGCCUCCAACCCCCCGUAAUGCCGCGUCCAGACACUGCCGCGAUCGGCACCCUCUACCGGCGCAUCCCCAUCCUCUCCAUCGGGCUCGACAUCUACAACGACACGCGGCUCAUCCUCUCCAAGCUGCAGAAUCUCUACCCCCCCUCGCCAUCGCACCCCCCCCUCCCAACCCCUUUCCCAUCUGCCCCCGCCUCGGGAGGCGUGGAGAAGCUGCUCUCCAACUGGGUCAUCGGCGGCCUGUUUGCGAAAGCGGCCGCCCUGAUCCCGAGCCACUUGCCCAUCAUGAAGGACGAGCGUUUCAAGAAAGACAGAGAGGAAUUCUCGGGCACGAGCUGGGAUGCCACGAGUAGGGAGAAAGAGAGGAAGGAGGCGCUUGUGGAUAUCAAGAGGGCUUUUGAGCUACUCGAAACCACGUUUCUGGGUGAUGGCAGGGACUGGGUUCUGGCGACCAAGGGCCCGAGUCUGGGGGAUAUCGAAGCCGUCUGGCCCUUCCACUGGCUCACGACCCUCCCGGGCGCCCUCCCCACCUCCUACAUCUCGCCCGCCCAGUUUCCGAGGACAUUCGCCUGGAUCUCGCGUUUCGACGCCCACGCCCGUUCUGCUGCCACGACGGCCGGUAAGCCCAAGACCGUCACCGGCGACCAGGCUGUGCAAAUCAUGCAGCAGUCGUCCCUCGUCGAGCGCGAGCUCGGCGUCGAGGACGGUGAUCCGAGCGGGUUGCGGCAUGGGGAGCGUGUGGAGGUGUGGCCGGUCGACUCGGGGCGGAGUGGGCGGGAUCGGGGACGCUUGGUGGGGCUGAAUGGGAACGAGAUCGUGGUGGUGACGGAGGGGGGAAAGGUGGAGGGCGUGAGGGUGCACUGUCCAAGAGAGGGAUUUCGGGUGAGGAGGGCACCGGAGGGGAAAUUGUAG